UUCUCUUCUUCCUGUUGAUGAAGACAUUCCCGAAAGUACUCGAGUGGACACAAUUCAAGUCAACUGAUCCCAAAGUGGAAAACUUCUUUCGCUCAGCGCUCACAUCUAUGAUAGCAAACCGCAAAUCGAUGGCUAAUAGGAGUAAACACAACGAUUACUUACAACUGAUGGUAAAUGCGUUGAAUAAGACGGCGGACAACAACUCACACAUCACCGGCAACUCGGCUGAAGAACCGGACGAUACGGAACGCAUUUACGGACAGAGAGACGAAAAACCAAUGAAUUCAACAAAACUAAAGGGAGAGCUGACAGAGGAUGACAUACUCGCCAAUACAGUCCUAUUCCUUGUGGCCGGUUAUGAGACGACGGCAUCACUUCUCUCAUAUCUGUCCUAUUCGUUGGCAUUGAAUGAUAAAUGUCAGCAAAAACUGUACGAAGAAGUCAUGUCUUUCGACGGAAAGUACGAUUACGAGAGUAUAUCGAAAAUGCCGUAUUUGGAGGCCUGUGUCGCAGAAACACUCAGACUUUACAACCCGUUAGUCGUGUUAUUCCGGAUGGCAAACGAAGAUUAUAAACUAGGCGACACCGGGAUCACAAUCCCCAAGGGAAUGAUGGUCAAUCUCGACGUGCAAAGUAUACACCGAAACCCCGACUAUUACCCGAACCCCGACCGCUGGGAUCCCGAAAGGUUUUUACCCGAAAAUCGCGACCAAUUAGCGCCGCACUCAUACAUGCCGUUCGGAAUCGGACCCCGAAAUUGUGUGGGAAUGAGGUUCGGUCUGAUGGAGGCCAAGACAGCCGUCGUAUGUUUGGUACAAAAGUUCAGAUUCACCCGAAGUGUCAACACUUGUGUCCCACUAAUCCCUAAGAAACACGAAUUCAUACUAAACUGUGGAGAAAUCAAUAUCGGAGUGGAAUUAAGAAAAUAAAUUAAUGAAUUCCUACUCAAUAGGGAAGC